AUGGAUACGCAGAGCUCCAAGCCCGACGCUCCAGGGCGAGUCAUCAACGAAAAGCUAUCUGAAAAGGUUCCCUCGGGUCUCGCGUCCCCGACUGCGCCCACAUCUUCAAGCUUCCUGAGCAUCGAUACUCAUGCCUCAGCUCUGCGCAAUGGCGCUUACGAGUCACCAGCCACCACUUCACGAAACCCAGAUGGGCAGAUAGAGGGGACCAUGCGAACUCAGCAUUUUACGUUAAGGACCUUGCCUGCUUGGAUCCGCUCGGUCGAAACGCCCGACGACGGAGGACAAGACGCUACAGCAGCCGACCGUCUCCUGCCUUCUCAGCCGAACGAUGUCUUUGUCGCUCAGCAUAACCACUCCCCUCAUGCAACAGCCAGGCAUCAAUAUACCCCCUCGCAAGAACAGCUCUUCCUCGACGAAGAUCGCUCCCCGUCCGCCGAACGCGAAUCACGCUGGAAAUCCUUCACGCGAACCAUCCAGUACCCCCGAGAAUAUGGCAGAGAGAUCCAAGAGGUGACUCCGGAAUGGAUGCUUGAGAACCAUGGCAGCUAUAUGGAACCAUGGCGGGGAAAAGACCUUGAGGGGGACAGCCCAGAGUAUCCGUUGCACACCAAAAAUCGCCGGGAGAUCUGGUUCAAGCGCUUCCAUAAUACUCUCCUCAAGAGCCCAAUUGUGCCUCUUAUUCUACGUCUGACUGUAUGGUGUUUCUCACUCUCCGCCCUGGCCUUGGGCGGAUCCAUUCAGCAUCUCUCGGAUGAAGGACAUCACCCGCAAGGGCCGUCAGCGCUGAUGGCCAUCAUUGUCGACGCCGUGGCCCUGGUAUAUCUCGUCUAUAUAACAUUUGACGAAUAUACCUCUAAGCCACUAGGACUGCGCUCGCCUUCCGCCAAAGCCCGGCUUAUUCUGCUCGAUUUGGUCUUUAUUGUUUUCGACUCCGCGAAUCUCAGCCUGGCAUUCGCCUCUCUAUCGGAGGUGACGGGGUCGUGUCGGGAAGCAGAAAUCAACCAGGAGCUGGAUCCUCGCAAUGACAGGAUCUGUGUCCGGCAAAAAGCCCUGGCAUCGGUUCUAUUGAUAGCAUUGCUUGCCUGGUUGAUGACAUUCUGCAUCAGUGUUCUCCGGCUUGUUGAGAGAGUGAGGCACUGA